AUGUUCCGCUGGCUGACUGGAUCCUCGACCUCGCCACCCAUCUUCCUCAAAUACCGCUCAUCCAAAACAUUCAUCAUCCUUACCGUGUCCACGGCUAUCUUCACCGACAUUUUCACUUACGGCAUAGUGGUCCCGGUCCUGCCAUUCGCUCUCACUUCCCGAGCAAAUGUACAGCCCGGUAGCAUCCAAACCUGGAUCUCCAUCUUCCUGGCCGUCUAUGGUGCAGCAUUACUAUGCACAGCACCAAUAUGCGGCUGGCUGGCCGAUCGAAGCAGCUCGCGUCGGCUACCGCUGAUCCUCGGUCUACUCGCGCUGGGCGGCGCCACGGUGAUGCUGUGUGUCGGCAACUCGAUUGGGAUGCUGGCGGCGGGGCGGGUGCUGCAGGGGAUAAGUGCGGCGGUAGUCUGGGUUGUGGGGUUGGCCUUAAUGGUGGACACCGUCGGGCAAGAUGAGGUAGGGCAGGCAAUGGGGUAUGUGGGAUUGAGCAUGAGUCUCGCCAUGCUGCUGGCGCCGCUUUUGGGUGGAGUGGUGUUCGACGCGGCCGGGUAUUAUGCUGUGUUCGCGAUGGCUUUCGGGUUGAUUGUGGUGGAUGUCUUACUGAGAGUGGUGCUGGUCGAGAAGAAGGUGGCGGCGAGGUGGGAUGAAAAUGGGGUGUGGAUAGGGAGCGAAGGGGAGCAUCGUGAAAAAGCGCCGGAUGCUGGGAACAGGGAUUCCGUGGGCGACGUUGAGAUGCAAACGAUUACUGAAAACCAGACGGACGAUCAACCAGCCACCGUUGAGACGGAGGGUGCUCGACCCAACAUGGACCACAGCGUCUCAGCUACCUCUGCACCUCUAGCACCGUCUGACAGCCUUCGAAGUGCGCCGCCUGUGGUGAGAAGGAUCGUUGCACGACUACCGCCAGUCGUCUACCUGCUUGGCUCAAGGAGACUCCUCUCGGCACUCUUCGCCACCGUUAUCCAAGCCUCGUUGCUCACAGCAUUCGACUCAAUCCUUCCACUCUUCGUUCGCGAUACCUUCGGUUGGAACUCUCUGGGCGCUGGCCUGAUCUUCCUGCCCAUUGUCGUUGUGUCCUUCCUUGGCCCAGUCGUUGGCUACCUGAGCGAUAGACAAGGGCCGCGCUGGUACGCGAUCGCAGGCUUCGUCCUCGCCUGCCCUUUCUUGAUACUCCUGCGGCUGGUCACGCACAACACGCUCGAACAGAAAGUCCUCCUCUGCGCGCUCCUGGCUCUGAUCGGGACCUGUCUAACACUGAUGAUAACACCGAUCAUGGCAGAGAUAACGUAUGCGGUCAAUGCAAAGGCGGAGCGCCGGCCAGCUGGGUUCUUUGGACGAAAUGGUGCCUACGCUCAAGCAUACUCUCUUUUCAACAUGGGGUUUGCGGCUGGAACCAUGUUUGGGCCUUUGCUUGGUGGCUUAGUCAACCAGUCUCAAGGAUGGGGCACCGCGACGUUGAUCUUGGGUCUGGUCUCAGGGGUUACAGCGAUACCUGUGGCCAUAUGGACCGGCGGUAGCGUCUUUAAGGAGAGGAGAAAACGGAGGGAGGAGAUGGAGAGACCGGAAGGUCAACAACCAGAGACAAGCUCGAUAGAAGCAGCGUCUUGA